AUGCAGGCCUUGGAGCCGGCCACGGCGGGCUUCUAUGAGGAGGACGGUAGAGACCUGGACUUCUACGACUUCGAACCGCUGCCCACUCUGCCGGAGGACGAGGAGAACGUGUCCCUGGCGGACAUCCUCUCCCUGCGGGACAGCGGCCUCCGCGAGCAGGAGGCCUGGGCCGUGUGCCUGGAGUGCUGCCUGUCCAUGCGGAGCGUCGCCCACUCGGCCAUCUUCCAGACCCUCUGCAUCACGCCCGACACGCUGGCCUUCAACACGAGCGGGAACGUGUGCUUCAUGGAGCAGCUCAGCGAUGACCCUGAGGGCGCUUUUGUUCCCCCGGAGUUUGAUGUGACUGGGAACACCUUUGAGGCCCACAUCUACUCCCUGGGGGCCACGCUGAAGGCAGCCGUGGAGUACGUGCCGGAGCCAGAGCCAGAGCCCAAGCUCAGCGCGGACCUGGAGGCGCUGCUGGGCCAGAUGCAGGCGGAGAAGCCGGGGGACCGGCCUGACCUGGAGAGCAUCAUCGCGCUUUGUGAGGAGAGGAUGAAGAGCGUGUCCUCCUGCCACCUGUGCCAAAGCCUCUCGGCCGUCGGGAGGAGGGUGCUCUCCAUUGAGUCCUUCGGAGCACUCCAAGAUAUCAGUGAGAGCGCCUGGAGGGGGAGAUUCGCGCCCAGAAGUGUGGGGCCCAGGGGGCAGCCCGGGGACCGUGGCACUGACCCCAAGGCCCCACAUGCCCCGCAGGGCCUGCCUGAGGGUGGCCCGGGCAACCUGGAGCAGGAGAGCAACUGGGGUGCUUGCCCCCCGCCCUCAAAGCCUCUGCUCUUGGCACCUGUGAGAAACGGCGAGAGCCUCGACGGGGAGGGGCUGUGCUCAGAGCAACUGGCAGGCCUCCUGCUGGACACCAGGGGUCCCCUGGGCGACCUGGACCAUGGCCUGCUCAAAAGAAGCCGCCUGAGGAAGGUGCAGACCUUCCCCCGGCUCCUGGCUGAGGGCCCUGAGGCAGGUGCUCUCUGCCUGUCGCUGACGGGAAGCCAGCUGCCCAUAUCCGAACUGCUCCCUGCCGACUGCAGGAAGAUCUUUCCAGAGGGGAAAAAUGGCCUCCUGGGCUUCAAGGCACUGCCCAAGUACAGACUGUGGCCCGAGGAGGGGUCUGAGCCCCCGAUGAGCGAGGCACGAGGCCCCGGAAGCCGUGGGGACAAGGGAGCCCUACCGGGGGCCAGUAUGGGCAGCAGCACUGGGCUGGGAGGCCCCGGCCAGGGAGGGGCGGCUGGCACCCCAGGACUGCCAGAGGAAGAGGGGCCCUCACAGCCAGCCAAGGCAACAUCCUGCCCCAGCCAGGGCCCUGCAGAAGAGAACCCCCCAGCCUGCUCCCUGGACCUUCGAGACGCAGGCAGAGACACCGGGGCUCCCUGCAGCUCUGCGGGUGUUCCAGAAGAAGUGGGGCAGCCAGGAAGCACAGCCACGGAGCAGUGGAUGUCCCUGCAGGACCUCCUGGUGAAGCUCGGCCGGCCCUUCCGGGAAUACGAGCUCUGGGCACUGUGCCACGAGAGCCUCCAAGCCCUGCAGACUUACGUCGAGUUCCCAGCCUACCUGUGCCUGGACUCCGUGCUGGUCGCCGAGGAUGGCACAGUGCUCUUUGGGGCACCCCCUGCGGACGGUGCUUACAAUUCAUUUUUCGUGGCUCCUGAGGUCGCAGAGGAGAAGCUGGUGACGGAAAAGGCCUCAGUGUAUUGUGUGGCCGCCGUUCUGUGGACCGCAGCCAAGUUCAGUGUGCCCCGCGACCACAAGCUGGCCCUGCCGCGCAGGCUCAAGGCCCUCCUGUUGGACAUGGCCAGAUGCAGCGCCCGGGAGCGGCUGUCUGCGGCCGAGGCCAUCAAGAUGUGCACCAGCUACCUCCUUCAGCGAGGUAUGGACAGCAAGAAGAUCUUAGCCCACCUGAGUGCAUCUACCUGUAAGGUUUACCAGGAGGAAGAAACCAUCAGUCUCCAAAAUGCUGUCUUGGUGGUUGACCUGGAGCUGGAUGUGGUGUCCCCUCCCGAGCCCAGCCCAGGCUUCGUGCCCGUCAGCAGAGACGCCAGGCUGGCCGCCGCGCAAGGACCUGUGCCCGGCAAGCUCGCCUCCCGCACAGAAGCCACGGAGCUGCCAGCGGCGUUCACCUCCGCGGCCACGCACUUCAAACCGAUCGUGUUCGAGCAGGACACGGAUGCUGCUGCGGACGAGCUUGCUGUGGCCCUUGGACCCGCCGAGAGGCCCGAGGAGAGGAGAGGCAAGGAGGUGGGCAGGGGGACGCUGGCUCCUGAAGCCCUUGGGGCCGCUGCCAGCGCCAAGACGCCCGAGAGGCCGGCGUUGACUGCCGAGCCGCAGGACGCAGCCUCAGAGAAGCUCGGAGAGUCUGCCGUGGAGCGCCCCUGCCCUGCAACCCCUGUCCCCCCACACCGGCCAGCAGAGGCCGCAUCCUCGAAGACCCUGAGCUCCCCGGUCUGCGCUUCUCCACCCGCCCAGCCCCGGAAGGCACAGGUCCAGGCAGAGCAGAGGUCCGAGGAGCCAGUCCUGCUGGGGGCCACUUCCGGGGUCCUCGCGCCCGCUCCCCUCGGGGCCCCCGCGGCCAACUACGGCCCACACCGCCUGUCCAAGACACCCAGGGGCACGGUCACCGAGCGCCCAGACCAGGAACUCGAGGGUCCCCGAUGGGCAGCACAGGCCAGUCCAAACGGCCCCCGGGGAACAUCCAGCAGAGAGCGGCCCAGGCCGGCCGACAGCAAGCUGUGCCCCUCAGGCGCAGACACCUCACCCCUGCAGAGGAGGACAGCCUGUCCCUCGCUGCAGGAAGCUAUGCGCCUCAUCCAGGAAGAGUUUGCCUCCGAUGGUUACCUGGACAACGGACUGGAGGCCUUAAUCAUGGGCGAAUAUGUUCAUGCCCUGAAAGACCUCACCUACGCCACUUUCUGCGGCGCCAUAUCAGAGAAGUUCUGCGACCUCUACUGGGACGAGACGCUACUGCAAAACCUGUUCAAGGUGGUGAACGGGGCGACGUCGCCCUCUGACAGGGAGGCCGCACAGCAGCCCGAGGCAGAAGUCGAAGCUGGUGCGCCCAGCAGCUGCUCCCCGUCCAGCAGAAGACACUCAGGGCCCAGGCUCGGGAAAGAGAAGCUGGCCGCAUCCCGUGCCAGCAGGGCUCUCUGCUCGCCCACGCCGCUCUCAGAUCUCAACUCCGAGGAGCUCUCCCGGGGUAAUUUUGAAGUGGGAUUCCGGCCACAGAAAUCCCUCAAAGCUGAGAAAGAGCCUGCAGCUGAAGACGGCCCUCCGCGCGGCGGGGACCCUGGCGCGGAGCUGGCGAGCAGGAGUCUCAACUCGGGGGCGGUGGCCCGGCUGGAGGAGGGCGGCCUGGGUGUGCUACCGGGCCCCGCCGAGCUCCAGAGCUGCAGCCCCGGCUGGUGCAGCGCCUUCUAUGAGGCUGACUGCUUCAGUGCCGACGUGCAUAGCUACGUGGAAGAGCUGGGGCGGCAGAAGGCCAGCAGGGCCACGGACAUCGAUGCCCAGCACCCAGAGCUGGAGCAGCAGCUGAUGAUGGAGAGGAGGAGCUACCGGAAGACCCUCAAGUUCUACCAGAAGCUCCUGCAGAAGGAGAAAAGGAGCAAAGGCUCUGAGGUGAAGACAAUGUUGUCCAAGUUGAAAGGGCAGCUGGAAGAGAUGAAAUCCAAGGUGCAGUUCCUUGGGCUGGUCAAGAAGUACCUACAGGUGGUCUACGCAGAGAGAUGGGGCCUAGAGCCCAGUGCCCUGCCGGUGAUCGUGAACAUUGGGGCGGCCCACUGCGGGACACUGGACUUCAGUCCCCUGGAUGAGUCAUCCUCCCUCAUUUUCUACAAUGUCAACAAGACCCCGUGGGGCGGCAGCAGCAGCAGCAGCCGGCAGAAGAAGGCCCGGGUUCUGCAGGCCGGCACGCCGCUCGGGCUCAUGGCUUACCUGUACUCCAGCGACGCCUUCCUGGAGGGUUACGUGCAGCAGUUUCUGUACACCUUUCGGUACUUCUGCACACCCCACGACUUCCUGCAGUUCCUCCUGGACCGCAUCAACAGCACCUUGUCCAGAGCCCACCAGGACCCCACCUCAACCUUCACCAAGAUCUACAAGCGCAGCUUCUGCCUGCUGCAGGCCUGGGUGGAGGACUGCUAUGCCGUGGACUUCACAAGGAACGCUGGGCUCCUGGGGCAGCUCCAGAGCUUUAUUUCCUCCAAGAUCACACCUCUGGAUGGCUAUGCGGAGCACCUGCUGGCCCUGCUGGAGGUGAGCACAGACCGGCGGGGCGAGGGGGCCCCACGUGGCGGAGACCUGGACCACCCCAAGGAGGCCGAGGAGGACACCUGGCCCCUCAACGCCCUCUAUAAGAAGUUCUCGGAAGACGGCGUCUCCCGGAAGAGCUUCCCCUGGCGGCUGUCCAAGGGUAACGGGCUGGCACUGGGACCGCACAAGGAGCGCCAGUACACCAUCGCGUCGGCCCUGCCCAAGCCCUGCUUCCUGGAGGAGUUCUACGGCCCCUACGCCAGGGUCAGCGAGAAGGGGCCCUACUUCCUGACCGAAUACAGCACCCAGCAGCUCUUCACUCAGCUGACACUGAUGCAGCAGGAACUGUUUCAGAAGUGCCACCCCGUCCACUUCUUAAACUCACGGGCCCUGGGUGUCACGGACAAGAGUACAGCCAUCCCAAAAGCCUUCUCUUCCGAGUCUUUGUCCGCUAAAACCUGCAGCUUGUUUCUGCCAAAUUACAUCCAAGACAAAUACCUGUUGCAGCUGUUAAGGAAUGCAGAUGACGUGAGCACCUGGGUGGCUGCUGAAAUUGUGACCAGCCAUACCUCCAAGCUGCAGGUGAAUUUGCUGUCCACAUUUUUGCUCAUCGCAAAGUCUUGCUACGAGCAGAGGAAUUUCGCAACCGCCAUGCAGAUCCUGGGGGGCCUGGAGCACCUGGUCGUGAGGCAGUCCCCCGCCUGGAGAAUUUUACCAGCCAAGAUUGCAGAAGUCAUGGAAGAGCUGAAGGCCGUGGAGGUCUUCCUCAAGAGUGACAGCCUGUGUCUGAUGGAAGGGCGGCGCUUCCGAGCCCAGCCCACGAUCCCCUCAGCCCACCUCCUGGCCAUGCACAUCCAGCAGCUGGAGACGGGGGGCUUCACCAUGACCAACGGGGCCCACAGGUGGAGCAAGCUCAGAAACAUAGCCAAGGUGGUGAGCCAGGUGCACGCCUUCCAGGAGAACCCCUACACGUUUGCUCCCGACCCCAAGCUCCAGUCAUUCCUCAAGCAGAGGAUUGCGCGUUUCAGCGGGGCCGACGUCUCCAUCUUGGCCGCGGAUAGCAGGGCCAACGUGCAUCAGGUUACCACCGAGAAGCAUUCGCGCAAGAUCCAGGACAAGUUCCGGAGGAUGAAAGCGACGUUCCAGUAA